UCGCACUUUCCUGUAAAGUCAACCAGUUUUCCCAUCAACAGAGAUGUUAGUAAGCUCCUGGAGGGUGGUAAUUCUCUCCGAAAGAGCUUUGAUAACCUAAAUCCAGUAGAAAGAGGUGAAAAAGCAGACCAGAAAGUUGACGUUGACAUAAACGCAGAAAAAUCAUGUUCAAGGGAAAGGUCAAAGAUUGUUAGAGAUAUUUUUCAAAAACAAAUCCUUCCAUUUUACGAAGACCUCUCCCCAGAUGGCAAAAUGCUUGAGGUGCCGCGUGGGUGUCCCUUUAACCAGCUUAGAGACAUGUAUGGAGAACAGGAGAGGCACAAGACUUUUGAAUAUCCGUCCAGAUGGGUGUGUGAAUACUGUGGAAAAGCUUUUUCCAGUGAAUACUUUUUGGAUUUGCAUUUUGAUAAUAGGCAUAAGGAGGGGGUAAGCCAGGAGAAAGAUCGAACUUGCCUGGCUGACUACUGUGAUAUAUUUAGAUGUGAUAUUAUCUCUGGUGCUAGAAAGCUAGGCUACUGGGACAAAGCUCUGUGUAAACCAAGCGACUGGUCUCCUAUAUAUGACAGGUGUGAGGUCAGAGGAUAG